GGCAACUCAUUGCAAGAUUUCAGCUUCAUCACGCACGCAAGACUUGCCGUGCCUACUCCUGCGUGUUACAUCUGUGUUUGAAUCAGGUAAAUAAGAAACGCCGUUUUCACCUCAAGCGAAGAGAAAUGCAGAUUUUUUUGUAAUGUAACAGAAUAUUAGAGCAGCUAAUAUGAGUACUAGGAGUCGUAUGAUACCGUUAGCCGGGGGAUGCUAGUGCAAGCUAACAGUUAGCGCUAGUAACAUGGCGCCGGGGUGAGAGGGCCGCUUUUGUUCUUGUGUUGGCUGCAGUAUUGAAUAUGCCCAAGGAAACGAAUCUGGUCCAAGAAAAUAAUCUAAUGCAAGGUCAAUUUCCUAUAUCGCAUAGGAAAUCCAGAGAAAUAAAUCUGCUAGGACCCUUCACUCAUAAGAAUAACGUGGAAACCACUUUCACUUAGCUAGCUGCACAUUGUUGUAGAGCUAAACAUUAGCUUUGAGUCAAUGGACUCGAGUGUUUUAUUGUCCUUAAUACUGAACAAAGCUGGAAAUAUCACGUCUGAACAUGAUUAUUUCAUGACACAAGAUCAGUAGCGGGUUAUUCAUUUUUUUUCUUUAUUUUGUAUUUGAAUCGGUUAGUAUAAACCUGUUCCUAAGAUUAUGCUCCCAUGUAAUGAAGAUAUGAUAAACCGUUAUUCAUCCCACGGUAGGGAAAUUUGCAUUGUUAACAGCAGCAUUCACAUCGUUCAAGCUAUAUCCAGACUUUGUUGAUGAUUGAACCCCAUAGAGAAAACUUUAACCCUCCUGGGACUAAUGCAUGGAUUGUAAAAACCAUGCACUCCUGUGUUUGAUCGUAUAUUAUUAUUAUUAUUAUUCUGUAUAUUACUGAUAUUUGUAUUGUCACAGGUAUUGAAGUUGAUGUUGUUUGCUGAUGACACAAAUAUUUUCUGUUCUGGGCAUGAUUUUAAAAAGCUACUGGAGGAAAUUACCAGAGAAAUGAGUAAAAUGAAAGUAUGGUUUGACAGAAAUGAAUUGUCAUUAAACUUAAAUAAAACAAAAAUGAUGUUAUUUCGAAAUUACAGAAUAAACAUGCAGGUACAAAUACAGGUUAAUGGGGUGAUGAUAGAAAGGGUUAAUGAAAACAAGUUCUUUGGGGUUAUAGUAGAUGAGCUGGAAACCACAUAUCAAGCAUAUACAGACCAAGCUAUCAAGAGGCAUUUCAGUUUAAAACAAAGAAAAACAGGUUCUGGAUCAUAAAUCACUCCGUAUCCUUUACUGUUCCAUUGUCUUACCAUACUUAAAUUACUGUGCAGAGAUUUGGGGCAAUAACUAUAUGAAUUCAAUUAAUUCACUGAUUAUUCUUCAAAAAAUUGCAAAACGGGUCAUUCAUAAUGUCAGUUAUUUGGAUCACACUCUCUCACUCUUCUUGCAGUCAAAAUUACUUAAACUUACAGACAUUGAGAAAAUUCCAAACAGCACAAAUUAUGCAUAAAGCUAAAAAUAAUCUUCUACUAAUUAAUAAAAUCCGCACAACCAGAAAACAAUUUUGCAUUUCAUUCUGUGGGGUGAGGCUAUGGAAUGGUAUGGGUGAAGAGUUAAAACAAUGUCCCAACAUAAAACAGUUUAAAACAAAAUAUAAAGAAUAUUUUUCACAGGAUACAGGGAUGUACAUUCAAAGUAGCUAUUAUCAUUUUCAUUGUUGUUGUUUUGUUAUUUUCACUGUACUAUUACACAUUACUAUGAUGAUUUAUAUUAUAAUAAUAAUAAUGCAUCAGAUUUCAUAUAGCGCUUUAUCAGAGACCCUCAAAGCGCUUUACAUUGAAUAUUUUAUAUGUUCAAAAUAAACUUUGAUCAAUCAAUCAAUCAAUAAAUUGUGAACCCUAAUAUGUCUAGAUCAAUACCGUUCAUACCUGCUUGUUUUAAUGAUUUAAUUGCAUUGUUAUCACAGGAGUGUGCUGAUUUUUCAUGUUAAACAGCUGAUUGAUUGCGUGAUUGUCUUUUGUUCAGGGACCAACAGCAGUCAUGGCUGAUGAGGGAUAUGUAGUUCGCAUCAGGGGUCUACCUUGGUCCUGUUCAGUGGAUGAAGUGCAGAGAUUUUUCUCAGGUAUUUAUCAACAUGCUGUGUGGCACAAUUUAAAGCAAAUUAUUUUAAGUGGUCAAAAAAGUGAUUAAUGAUUUCAAAUGUAGAUUGCAAAAUCAUCAACAACGGAGGAGGCAUCCACUUCACCUACACGCGAGAGGGCCGUCCCAGUGGAGAGGCAUUUGUUGAGUUGGAGACAGAGGAAGACCUGAAGAUUGCAGUGAAGAAGGACAGAGAAACUAUGGGUCACAGAUAUGUAGAAGGUGUGUACAACCGCUUUGAGACGAAAUAAUUCUUUCAGAGAGCUUCAACUUGAAGCACUGAUAAUUAAUAAUUGUUUCCUGUCAAUUUUAGUUUUUAAAUCCAACAAUGUCGAGAUGGACUGGGUUAUGAAGCACACCGGGCCGAAUUGUCCAGAGACAGCAGGGGAUGGACUUGUCCGGCUCAGAGGGCUUCCCUUUGGUUGCAGCAAAGAGGAGAUAGUCCAGUUUUUCUCAGGUAAGAAAAUAGAUUGCUCUCUGGAAAACUUCCGCGAUGUAAUGUUGGUGAUAAAUAUAAUUUUCAUCUUCCUAUCUUGUUUCCUGUCUCUAAUGGACUCAACAGUUCUUGCAUCUGAUUUUACGAAGAGGUCGAAAUGCCAUGGAAACUGAUCAUUUUCUUCUGUUUAUGAAUACAGAUCAAAAUAUUACUUUGAUUGAUGCCUCGAAAUGUUGAUAAGCGAGGACAUGAUGCCAGAGAAGGAGGCCUGGAUUAAAUAAACAUGAAAAAUAUUGUCGCUCUUCAUGUUAAGUUAAAGGGCAGGAAUUUAUUAUGCAAACAUCUUUUGCCAUCAUUGCAUAUCAUAUUCAUCUUAAGCCCAUUUCCUGUGCUUUUUUUCCUUAACGUGACUUGAGUUUUCAGUCGUCUUUGCCUACUGGUAAUUUACUAAUGACGGAAACGUUCACUGAUUGGACCAGCGAUACCUUAGUGUCUUUCUUUCUUUCGUUUUUACUUUUCCUCACAUACUUGUCUUUUCAAUACAGUUUUUUACACUUACGCAAAGUGUUGUAUUCGUAUUUAAAGGGCAGUUACACAACUCAUGUCACCCACCAGGAUCUUGUUCUCUCUUCAUCAACACACCAAUACUAGCUUGAUGUCCCAAACAGUUCCCUUUUUCAUAUUCUUCCUCUAUCCUCUCAUUUCUACUUUACCCCAACUACAGAGUCAAUGUUAGUCUUUUGAAUGACCAGUCACUGGUUAAAAACUGAACUGGUAUGUGUGAUGAUGUAUAGAGUUUUCCAUAAGUUUUCUAUCUCUCUCUUUAGAGAAAGUUCUCUCUGUGAUUGGGCAUGUGAUUUAAUAUGUCCCCUGCUGGGGUUAUCUGUCCUUGGGUUGAAGGGUUGGAAAUCGUGCCAAAUGGGAUAACAUUGCCGGUGGACAUCCAGGGGAGGAGUACGGGGGAGGCCUUCGUGCAGUUUGCUUCACAGGAUAUAGCUGAAAAGGCUCUAAAGAAACACAAGGAAAGAAUAGGGCACAGGUGGGGAUGGUUGGUUGGUUGGCUGGAUAAGUUGCUUUUCUUAUGGUGUGCACCCUCAACAUGUGAUCCAAAUGUAAAAUGGACACUACAUUUAUAUUGGCUUAUUGACGCACAUUUUUAUUUUUUUUUUCCACACACACAUAAAAAGAUGACAUGUAAGAGAAAAAAAAAUCCACAUUCACACUGUCCAAAGGGAACAUUAGUGCUGGAACACCAUUCCUAAACAUGAGACAAAAACAGUGCAACUACUCGCUUAAUUUAAAGAAUAAAUGGUGUCUCAGCAUUAAAUCAAAGUCCAGGUUGAUACAUGGUAAGGAGUCUCCCUGGUGGUAAAAUCAGAGGGCCACUGUACACAUGGAUUUGGAGCCCACUGUCACAGGUAAUGCUUAAGUGGGUUUCAGAAGGGCUGGAGCCCACUCUGUCCCUCUAAAACCAGGACAAUGGCUGUCAUGGCAAGGACACAGGAUGCUCGAUUGAUCAGAUAUGUAAAACUCACUUCAGGUAACCAUAAGAAAAGUGUAAAAGUCUCUUAAGGCCCUUAUCAAUUUGGACAGCUUUAAAUUUUGCAAUUUCUCGUGAACUGUUCCUUUUUAUAGACGUUUAUGAACAAUUAGCAGUAAGUAUUUCAAAAACAUCACUCCCUAUGGACUACACCAUGACAGCAUCUGCUAGGCCCAGUUGAAACAGUUUGAGCAAGUGAAGCCUUGCUCGGUCCAUUCCCCAUGCCCUCACUGUGGUAUCUCUAUGCUCUCAGGUACAUUGAGAUCUUCAAGAGUAGCCGCGCUGAGGUGCGGACCCAUUAUGAGCCCCAGCGGAAACCCAUGGGUAUGCAGAGACCUGGCCCCUACGACCGGCCAUCUGGUGGUCGCGGCUACAACAUGAUGGGCAGAGGGGGAUCCUAUGACAGGAUGCGCCGUGGAGGCUAUGGAGGAGGUGCGGUUUUAUCUGUUUGAUAUGAACCUGUGCGGCUGUGUUGUUUAGUAACAUAGACUGCUUAAGAUGAAAACAUGUACAGUCAUUAUUAGAGCUUGUGUCAUACAGUAUACCUGUGUAUUUUUACAGGUGUUUCUGAUGGGCGGUAUGGCGAUGGUGGUUCUUCCUUCCAGAGCACGACCGGCCACUGCGUCCACAUGAGAGGCCUGCCAUACAGAGCGACAGAGACAGACAUCUACAAUGUAAGCCUAACAACGCCUGCACUCCCCAUUACCGGAAAUCCAACCCAUUCUCUUGGGUUAGAGUUUCUUCUUACAAUUGUCCUUUUUGCAUCUCGUAGUUUUUCUCACCACUGAAUCCAGUGCGGGUCCAUAUUGAGAUCGGCCCCGACGGCAGAGUAACAGGAGAGGCAGAUGUAGAGUUUGCAACACACGAGGAUGCUGUGGCAGCCAUGUCAAAAGACAAAGCCAACAUGCGUGAGUUUGAGUAGAGACCUGACCAUUUCUGACAAAAAUACCGUAGACCUUCAUAUUGAUGUUUAUGUUUUCGCUGUUUUUACCCUCAGAGCACCGCUAUGUAGAGCUGUUCUUGAACUCAACAGCAGGUGGCAGUAACGGAGCCUACGGCAGCCAAAUGAUGGGUGGCAUGGGUGAGUAAUUGUAAUGGAGAGAAAGACUCAUGGUGUUUGAAGUGAUCUAAUACGUUUAUGUCGGUGUAAACUUGAUUUGUUCUCUUCACAGGGAACCAGUCGUCUUAUAGCGGCGGUCAGCUGAGCUCAGGGUACUCUGGCGGAUACAGCAGCCAGGGGAACAUGGGCGGCUACAGUGACUACAGUGAGUGUCAGCUGUGUUAUAGAAGGCUUAUAAAAACUGUGUGUUUCUGAGUACGGCUCUUUGAUGAACUCCUUGGUCCUAUGGUGUGUAUUCUCUUUCUCUUGUUAGGUAACCAGGGCGGGAUGGGAAACAGUUACUAUGGCGGCGGUGGAGGAGGAGGAAGCAGAGGCUCUAUGAAUGGACUGGGUGGGGGAUGGGGAAUGUAAAAUUGAGGGGUUUUUUUUGUCCACUUACUUUGAUGUUUUUUUUAAACUCAGCGUUUAGCUGGAAGGACUGGAAACGUAGUCUCACCUCGAAACAUUAGGGUAGGGUCAGGAGAGGUUGUUUUGAAAAUACUGAGGGGUAGGGUUUGUAUUUUUUUUAAGUGGAUGAUCUUCAGAGAGAAGUGAGAUCGUCUGGUAUUUGAGAGAAGCGCUGUUUGUCUUCCCCAUGCCCCACAGAUUUGACACACCACAGAAACCGUGCUUUCAAUUUUCAUUAAAGAGAAGUGUUUUGUGUUAUAGUUCUCCGAGCACCUGGCUGUCAGUUUCAGUGUCUGAGUGCAUGAUCAAAGGAAAUCAGACAAUGACGAUCUUAUUUUUAGACCUUUUUUCACCUUCCACUUAGUGUAAAGCCUUUUCUUUCCGGUUAAAAUCUAAUGAUCCAAGCAUGUUUUGUUUGUUUUCUACAGUGUGACUGUUUGGCGGUUUCUCUGGAUAAGUGUUAAAUGAGGAAAAAAAGUGAAUUUCAAAUCUGUUGACAUGAAGGUUUCUACUGCUUCAAAUGCUAUUUGUAUUUCCUGUGCACAAAGUGAAUAAACUAGUCUGGAAUAUCUUAUUGAAACAAUGA